AUGUGUCAUAGCCUCAAUAUAUCAAACAACUUCCCAGCCAUCAAUCAGAGGGAAAGGAGGUUCACUCCCAAAGUCAACCAGGCAAUACAAGAAGAGGUGCAACUGUUACUGAGCAUAGGCGCGAUCGAAGAAUGCCUAUAUCCUAGCUGGCUAGCAAACCCUGUGGUGGUCCCGAAGAAAAACGGGAAAAAUCGCGUGUGCAUAGACUAUACAAAGUUGAACAAGGCAUGCCCCAAAGAUAGCUACCCUCUUCCAAAAAUUGAUCAAAUGAUAGAUGCCAUGCUGGGUUACAAAAGGAUGAGCUUCCUUGAUGCUUAUUCAGGGUACAAUCAGAUCCUAAUGAAAAUAGAGGAUCGAAUUCACACAGCUUUCACCACAGAGCGCGGUUUAUACUGCUACAAAGUCAUGCCCUUUGGUCUGAAAAAUGCAAAGGCAACAUAUCAGAGGCUGAUGCACAAAAUUUUUUCCUCAUUGCUCGUUAAAAACAUGGAAGUAUACAUCGAUGACAUGGUGGUCAAAUCUCGACAGGGUGUCACACAUGUGGAAGACCUAACUGAGUGCUUCAACAUACUCGAUACCUAUCAAAUGAAGUUGAACCCAGCCAAAUGUGUUUUUGGGGUAUCCUCUGGACAGUUCUUAGGAGAAGAUGAAGGCCAGCAGAAGCUAGUAUUUUACUAUAGUAAGAUGUUGUUAGACACUAAGACACGCUACAACAUGAUGGAGAAAUUGGUCUUCGCAUUAAUUACAACAAAGAAAAAACUCAGACAGUAUUUUGAAGGACAUACAAUUGUAGUAUACACAGACUAUCCAUUGAAGCAAAUCUUAAGUAAGUCUGACCUCUUUGGAAGAAUGUCCAAGUGGGCAAUUGACCUCGAUACAUAUGACAUACGCUUCUCACCACAAAAAGUGAAGAAGGGGCAAGUACUGGUUGAUUUCUUAGUCGAAAUACAAUCAUUUACACCAGAGACCGCUCCUGAACUGCUAAAUUCUGAAAAGGAAUGGAUGUGGACGAUGCAUACAGAUGGGGCCUCCAAUUCGCAAAGGGCUGGGAUUGGCAUCGUAUUGGAGGCACCCUCUGGAUUACAAAUUAAGGAAGCCAUAAGGUUGGAACAGCAUGCCACAAAUAACAAAGCUAAAUAUGAAGCCCUGAUCUAUGGACUCAAAUUGGCACGAAGCAUGGGUGUCAAGCGACUACGAGUCAGAGGAGAUUCGAAGCUGAUGAUAGAACAAGUGGCCGGUAAUUUCGACACUAAGGCACCCCAUUUGGCCAACCUAUUGGAAAAUGUAUCCACAUUAAAGUCACAAUUCCAACCGUUCGAGCUCAUACAAAUACCCAGGGAGCUGAAUCAGAAGGCAGAUGCCCUUGCAAAGAAAGCCUCUGUGGGGGAAUACUCGUCACACUCAUCAAUUUCCACAACCCAUACAUGA